CAUCAACUUAUCAAGAUGAGUCCUGAUAUCAGACAAUUUAUCACCAUUAAUUUACCCCAACAUUUACAACCCAAAGACCAAGUAGAUAAUGCCGGUCAUUUGCAAUUAAAUGACAGCGAAGAGUUUGUAAAAGCCAAGGAAUGUGAAACAAAAUUACUUGAUAUGACGACCAAUUUUCUACCUGAAGAAGUUGCUGGUUUAUGUCAUGAGGCUAAAGAUGUUUUGAAACGUCUAUUGGAAUUCGAUGCUCAAAAACGUAUACGCUCGGUUAGAGCUUUACAAAGAAUCGCCAUGUUUAAAGAUUUUAAAAUUGAAGCUCAACAUUGCUUAAAGCUUCGUCCUCUAGAUAUUAUUACUGCCGAUAAUAUUGUUAUAAGAAAAACUAAUGAUUCCAUAGAAAAUUUUCAUAAUGCUGAUAAAGCAUUUAAGAAUUUUUAAUGAUUAUUUUGUUUCAAUUCUUGGCUGAUUAGCACAUAUACAAUUCACCACCAGUAUCGUAUUGUUGUAUGUUAAGAAUAUUUUUCAAACCAACUUGUGAAUUACACAAUUAUGCUGUUUUUUAAUCCUAACAGCAAAUCUGUCAAAUAUUGGAAUAAUAUAUAUAAACAACAACGAAUAUUAGAAAAUUAUUUUACAGAAGAAUUCUCGGUGCCUUAAUAGAUUCCACAUUCUUUUAUUUUACUUUUAAUUAGAAAAGAUUAUAAAUAUUUUUUCUUUCAUUGUUAUCGAAAAAAUGGAUACUAAAACAUCACUUUUAAUUAGAAUUUUAAAUAUAACUAUUUCAUGUGAUUUUAAAUUCAAGUUAAAUUUCACUUAUUUUAAUCCGUCCUUUACAUACAUUUUCACCAAAUAGUACAUAAUAUUAAAAAUUUUUAAACUCGUUUUUUUUUUUAAAUUAAUUAGGAUCAUUAGAAUAUAUUAGACAAAAUCGUGGUGCCUUAGCAAUUAAAA